AUGCCUGCGGUAGACCCCUCCCUCAUUGAGCUUGAUUACUGUGGUAUCCGGCCCAAGCUUGGGCGUGGUGGUGCUGUCAAUGUUGGGAAGGGGUUCCAGGAUUUCAUUAUCCAGGAGGAGGAAGGUUUCCCUGGGUUCGUGAACCUGUUGGGAAUUGAGAGUCCGGGGUUGACCAGCAGUUUGGCUAUAGGGGAUAUGGUUGACGGGAUCCUUUAUAAGUAG